AUGUCCCUGCCCUUUAAGGAGACGCCAACGGAAACCCAUUUUUCUAGCGGCAAAUACCAAGAAAACAAUUCGAGAGGGUGCAAGGAUAGGUCUUUCAGCACGUGCCACUUGAAAAACAACGAGAUUGAGGCCAUCGGUCACACCUCAUCCCUUGCACGAGCUUGUCGCUUGGCAGGACGCGGCGCAAGACGCCGUUCCCCGGAUCAGCAGCGCGAACGCAGUUCACUCUCCUUAGAAUAUACUUCCGAUCCUGUUCCAAAGGCCUCAACGCCUCGAUGUUUUUCAGGUGCUUCUGAUGGGUCUGGAAGUGAUGACGGAGUGACCGUUUAUAUUGACGAGACAGACGACGACGAUACCAAAGACGGCCUGUUGAUAACGGAGUGCCGCAUCAGCUCCCGGAGAGCAGCUGAAAUCCGCGCCUUCAAGGCUCAGUGGGUAGAGCAGAUGCUGCAAAAAAAGAAUCAAUUUCUUAACUCCUGCCUUGCCAGAGGUGUACGAGGGGGAAAGCGCCAGGUCUCCAACAAGGAGACAAACGGACAUGAGGCGGGCACUGAUUCUGCAUCAAGCAGCGGGGUGGGGUUCCUGGAAAACAAACUGAAAGCUUUCGCUGCAUGCAUGAUGCCUGAGGCACUCGAGUGUAUCAGUUGCAACGGGAAACGCUGGGCCGAGGCCACCACCAGCGAUAGUUCGGAGUCUGACUCUGCAGAGUCCCCGAGGGCUUCUUCCCGUUGCUCUCAACGCCGGCACGAUUUUGAAACCUUACCAAGGGCUUCGCUCGCAAGAGACCAGCGUCCUCAUACUUCAGCUAAUCCGCGUGUGUCGAAGACAGCCAGGGAAACGCACGAGCAAGGGGCCCACAGGCAAGCGCACCAACAGCGUGCUGCUGACGCUGCGCUGCGGUCUUGGGGGCGCUUCCUCAAGUACAUCAGGAAGACCAGUAAAGUUUUGCCCGCAAGGCAGCGAAUUGAACAAAAGGCAGGCCUGGAAAGCGACGACGACGACGAACAGGCGCCGCUGUACAUGUGCCGCCCAGGAUCGGUGCAGAGGCCAUCACCGCUUAUCAGCCACAGCCUCACAGAGCACCUUAAGGCUUCUGGAACUAUGUUCUUCAAGCAGUUCCGGAGGCAGUGCCUAUCAGGCUCUGCUCCCCUUAAUCCUGACGCUACAGGGAUAGCUCCUACACAGCCGCAGCAGUCGAAUGCACUGCAAGAGAAUUCGGUCUCGGCAUCCCCAGAUGCUGCGCAUGCACCUCCAUCAAGCGAAGCUGCAGCUGCCGCAGUGAACGAUAACAAAAGAAAACCCCAUGCGGAGUCGGACACUGAAGAGGCAGUCCCACUGUAUGAAAUAAGUGCAGGGACAUCAGCACUUUUCGGCGAUAUGAUGCGGCUCGAAGACACUGCACGAAUGCUUGACGCAUCGUGCACGUUUCGCCUGCCGGCAGCUCCAUCUUCAGUCGUACGUCGAGAGAACUGUAAACUGAAAACAAGUGCUGGUUUAGCACACCUACCAAGCGAGGCUUCUGCUUUCUCCUCGGGUGCUGCCCUCUGGGCUGCUGCAACUCCAGAUGCACCUGCCACAGCCGUAACCGCAGCCGCCGCCUCGUGUCAUCACAAACGCAAAAGCCAUGUGACUCUGUACACCAGCCCCCACGCAGCAACUGCUGCGGCACUCAGCAAGCUUAUCGCGAAUUGUCAAAUGCAAAGGAGUUCGAAAGCACAGGAGCGCUUGCACAUCUCGUGUUCCGCAACUGCGGGUGUGAACGAUCUGAAGCGAGGAGAGAGCUGCUCUAAUGCAAAAGCAAAAGAGGGAGAUGACUCGUGCGUUGUAUAUACAGUCCAGGCAGAUGAGGACACUUUGGCACUGAGCGGCUUGGACGCAGAGUACUGCGCGCGCGUUGAAUCGGCUUCGCGAGGGGGAAAUCGGGCGGCGGGCAGUUUGGCGCAUUUGGAACACAUGUUGCCCCACGGAAGCGCCGUACAAGGCAAUGCAUCUUCUGUGGCGAUGCAUAAGAAGCGCAAAAUCCCUGUCGAUAACAAUGUUGUGUUGACUGACGAUGAGGACUUUGGCAAUGAGCGGUUUCCAGUCAAAGAGGAAACAUCAGGGGCGGCCUGUCACACAGAGGCAGUAGAGGAAGCAAACUACCAGAGGUCGCUGAUGGUGGACAAGCUCAUGCUAGCCCAUCUCAUGCCUUAUCUUCCGCAGUUUAGUCCUCCGUAG